AUGGGGCAUGCCAAGAGGGCCAGGAAGACUCCCUCUUCGCAGCGGCACCGAGGGAAGUCUGGGACAGAGGCUAGGCCCAUGUUGGGCAGUCCUCAAUCCCCGCCAGGCCCCAGGUCUCCUACUCACUUUGAGUGGAGUAGCCUGGCCCCUUCAGAACAGGCCUCUCCGGAUGUCUGGAUGCUGUCCAUGCCUGAAGCCCUCCAAGCGGCCCGGGACAUUAUGUCCAUGCCGGUGCCCGGAACGCCGCCAACGUCGGCCCUGCACUCCAGAGGCAAGCCGCUGCUGGAAUCUCUGCAGUUGCCACUGGCUCGGUACCGGUCUCGGUCGAGGGAACAUUCCCAAUGCCGAUCACCGCCCAGCGAUUGUUCGGGGCAGAGUCCAGGUGGAUUGCUCUCGACGCCAACCAGACUGUCUGGCUGGGUUCUGUCCCUCCGGGAUUCGCGGCACCGCUCGUCCUCAAGGAGCAAAUAUUGGCGGGACUGCAGCGGGCAUUGCUAUCUGUCCUCAUCUCGGAGAGGGUACCGCAGUCAAUCACGGCACGGUUGUCAACGCCGUUCCUGCUCGGACUCCUGCUCCAAGUCUCUGCCAAGACAUCGCAGCCCAGGGCGUCGAUUGCUGGCGUUUCGCCAUCGUGGGUCUGCCCGUCGAGGUCAUUCGCAGAGCAGCUGUUACUGCCGGUACUGGUCCUCCAAGUCGAGAUUGCGGUCCCAUGGCUGUCAUAGAUCCCGGCACCGCCGCUCCUCCCGGACCAGAGACAGCAGCAGAUCUUAUGCCAGCCUGGUCUCCAUUCGUAGCCGUCCUUCGAUGGGCCAGGCCAGCCAACCCGAACAGCCGGCCCCGCCAGUGCCACACCAGUGCAAAAGAGAAAAGAAAUCUUUGUUUGUGAAUCUAAAAUACAGGUGUGGGAGCCUUUCUCAAAGGGAUGGAAGCUGCCAGUGGAGAGGAAAGAUGGCUGCUCAUCUCAAAGGAGAAAAACCUCAUGUUUGAUCUGACUUUCUCCACCGGAAUGAUUUGGUGUGUGAAGCUGUAGGAGGAAAGGUUUUAUUUGCAACGGAUGACUUUUUUGCUCCUGCGGAGAAUCUCUUGAAGAAAAACAGUCCAGUUUUUAAACCAGAUGAAUUGACUGAUUAUGGCGGAUGGACGGAUGGAUGGGAGACAAGGAGGAAAAGGGUUCCAGGACAUGAUUGGUGUAUUAUCCAGUUGGGAGUACCAGGUAUUGUCCGUGGAUUUGAGGUAAACACAUCUUUCUUUGCUGGAAACUGUGCUCCUCGUAUAUCAAUUCAAGUCUGACACAUUGAAGAAAUGGAUUUACCAGAGUUUUGGCCAAGAGGGGACAGGAUAGGAACUGCAGCUUCAGAUGAAGAGUUAAAAGCUGUCAAGAAGAUGAAGUCAGAUGAAUGGACUCUUCUCGUUCCUAUGAAAGAGUUGAAACCAAGAUACCUUGAUACUAGCCACAAUUAUUUUUCUGCCAGCUGUAAGAGAGAAUGGACUCACAUAAGGCUCAAUAUCUAUCCAGAUGGUGGGAUUGCACAUUUCAAAGUGUAUGGUGUUGUGCAGAAAGACUGGUCAGCUUCUGGCCCAAAUGACUUGGAUGACUUGGUGGCAAUGGAGAAUGGGGGUAUUUGUGUUGGAUUUAGCAGUGCUCAAUUAGGCCACCCAAGAAAUAUUCUAGGGAUAGGAAGAGCAACAUCCAUGGAAGAUGGUUGGGAAACAGCAAGAAGACUGGACAGGCCACCAGUUUUAAAAGCUGAUGACGAAGGUAUCCUCCUCAUACCAGGGAAUGAAUGGGCAGUUUUCCGGCUGGCACAUCCUUGUGUAAUAACUCACAUUGAAAUAGACACUUCUUACUUUAAAGGUAAAACAAAUGCUGCUUGUUUGGCCCCUGUAUUUUACUGAUCAUACCAAAACCAUAUGUUGUACCAUAGAUGGAACCCUUUGCUUUCUGUUACAAAGCUUAAGCCUAACAAGAGGCAUUUCUUCGACGGUACUGCCCUGGAAAUGCAGGAUGUAAUCACGCAUUUGAGACUCAUUAUUGUUCCUGAUGGAGGUGUAAGUAGGAUGCGUUUCUGGGGUUUCCCAUGGGCUCUAUUUUAUACAAGCAAAUGAACAAAGAGGAUUUUCUAAAAAAGGCUUUAAGAGUUAUAGAAUGGAUGUUCACUUUUUUCCGUAUUAUAUAAACUUGAAUAUAUUUGUUGAAUGGUACACAUUCAUUAAACUAAGCAUGACUUUUUCCCAGCAAUAAUUCAAACAGAACAAUUGUGUAUGUCUCAUGGCUGUACAAUAAUACAAAGACUUCUGUACUCCUAGGAAUAUAAGGAAAGUAAUAUAUUUUUGCUGAAAUUGAUUUUCCCCAAAAAAUACAUCAAUGAUAACACAGUGCACUCCUGAGUGAUCAUAGCUCAUCUUCGUGAGAAUCAAAAUUGAAGGCCAAAUUAUUUUAACCACUUUGUAAAUCCACUAAUUACCCUAAAAUGUACUGCCUGUAGUGUCUUAGUGGUGAAAAGAAAAGGCAUUUUUAAAUACAAAUAAAUCAGAGACAGGCUAUGCUUUAUUGUUAUGUCUGUCUUAAUUAUAAGCCAAUCAAAAAGAUCUUAUGUUCUACAGCUUUCACUCAUGUCUACAGUUCUCAUAUUCAGCCAUUUCAUAAUUAUUCAUUAUAUAAAUUAUGUAUUCAUAAGCAUCUCUACAGCCUAUCCUUCUGAUAGUACAAAGUGCGCUCAUUGAUUAUUUUGCCAAGAUUCCAAACCCUAAGAAGAAAGACAGGUUGUGUCUCUCUGUCAGCCUCAAGUGUGUCAAUAUAUUGGUGGAAUUUGGAAACAUAUAUUUCUUUAUGAAAACACACAGAAUGAUUUUAAACCUCCUUUGCCUUGCACUUUUUUUGCUGUAAUCUAACACCCAAAUAUUGUCUGUUUCUCUACGAGCCUAUGCUUGAAAGUUAUGCUUAAAGAGUGCUUAAACUUAUGCUUCUAAACCCCUAUUUAGCGAUCUAAAUCAGUGACCUGAUUUUCAAAAAUACUGAGGAUCCCAGAGUUCUCUUUGACAUUAGUGGGAGCUAUUGGGUGCUCAGUACUUAAAAAAAAAAAAAUCAGGUCAGUGCCUAAAUAUGGCUUCAGAAGCAUAGCUCUAAGCACGCAGUUUUGUGACCCUGGGCCUAGAUUAUGCUGAAUGAGGAGAGAAAAAAGUGCUCAGCCUGGGGCUGACUCCACAAGGCAUGGUGAGGCUUUUUGUGUGAUGGCACAUGAUCAUAAUAUACUGCAGACAGGAAAAGGUGGCCCCACCUACUGCUUUGCUUUCCUUACUCUGGGCACACACCUGACUUGUUCCCCAUGCACCUCUCAUUUGCACGAUGGCUUCUGGGGGGAAGUGCUGUGAUGGCAAUGGAGAGUAGUUAGGGCCAUGGGCAGGCAUCUUUAUGGGGGGUGAGUGUGGGUGGGGUUUUAAUUGUUCGUACUCAAGCUUAUAUUGUAGUAAUUAAAAUACCGCAUGAUAUAUAUAUAUGAAGGCAGAUAUGGCAAACAAUUUUUUGGAAUUUUGCAUAAUAAUUGAAUGUAAAAUAGCAUUGUCUGUAACAAUUAUGGAGGCACUAGCAGUGAUUCUGUAUUUAAAGCUGAAUUGCCCAUGAAAUGGGGACUGCUUUUUCUUUAUAUGUAAGUAGUCUGUCACUGUGAAAUUUGACAUAAUGUAUAUUUUAUACAGGGUCAAAACUGGGUAUUACAGAAUUGUAUCUGACUUUACUUGUUUAAUGCACUGUAUUUGAGAGCAUUCAAAAUAUGUUGUGGCAUAACAUAUAUUGUUUGUAAUCUAUGCUUUUGAUUUACACCUAAUUAAUAUUCCUGACAUCAUUAGUAUUAUGUUGUUUAUCACUCUUAUGAAGUGUCAGUGAAAAGUGCUUAUUCUGUAAUACUAUCUAUCCAAGGUAUUUGUGAUCCCUAUCUUUAAUGUAUUUCUCCUCAUAACACCCUGCUGGAUAGGGAAAUGCAGCUAUCCCCAUUUUGCAGAUGGAGAAUGGAGGCACAGAGAGAUUAAAUACCUUGCUAAACGUCACACAAGAAAACUGUUGCAGAACAGGGGAUUGGACCCACAAGUGCCAGGCCAGCAUCCUCCCCACUUGGCCAUCCUUCCUCUCAUGAGUCAUCUAAUAUGUGUCAUCUCUUGUUCUAAGAAAGAAGCUUUUCUCCAUUUUGUUUAUUAACCUUUAUAGCUUACUUUGUA